UCCUCACAGUUUUGGACGGUGGAGGUAGAGUGGGUGCAGUGGUAAGUGACGCGCAGUUUUCGCAAGGCUUCGCGGCGCCCCACCGCACGACCUGCGCAGGCGCCUCAACCGCGCGACUUGCUGUAGGUACUCAGUCAUUCUUCGACAUUGCGACUCGUGGCCACUACGCGCUGGUCCGAGAACACCGCACUAUUAUGUGUAUCUGAUGUAAACGAUCUGUGAUAUAGUGUUAAGUUACAUGCAAUAACUGAAAGUGAACGAUAUCAAUCAAGUGAAAACUCACGGAUAUUAUAAUGGCACUUAAUAUAGACAAAAUGACGACUAACGCAACGCUGUUUUACUUUUUAACGAUUUUGAUCGUAUCAAGCACAGUACAAUGCGUAUCAGUCGUAGGCCCAAAAAUGCUAAGGCCGUUUGGGAACUACAAAGUGUCAAUUGCGGGGGGUUCCCGAGCCCACAAUCUAUAUGUAGCUGUAGAGGGCAAGCGAGCGACUGGGGAGCAGUUCUCGCAGGGAAGAGUAGUGCAGGUCCCAGCAGCGGCUUCAAGGCUAAUAGAUCUUGAAAUAGGGGACCCGGGACCCGGUCGAUACAGAUUGGUGGCCCGAUCUACUUCAGGCCCACAGUUCGCAUCAUCAGCUUCCUUAAUCUAUCAACCGAGGAGCUUUUGUAUCUUCAUACAAACAGAUAAAAAAGUAUAUCAACCUGGUGACACUAUCAACUUCAGGGUGGUCGCUUUAGACAAGUACUUGUUACCGUUGUCGAACACGGUGGAUGUGAGCGUGUUGGACACGGGAGGGUCGCCAGUGCGUCAGUGGGCAGCAGUGUCUUUGAACACUGGGAUAUUCGCCGAGGAGCUCCUUCUAGCUGAUGAACCAGCGCUGGGACAAUGGACAAUACAAGUAGAAAUUCGGGGUCAAAAGUAUUCCAGACAAAUAAUGGUAGCCGAUUAUGUGCAGCCGAAAUUUGAGAUGGAUGUUCAAAUGCCAAAGGAAAUGCUAUUUAGCGAUGGACGCUUUAAUAUAAAUGUAACUGCCAGACAUUUCAAUGGACUCCCAGUUAAAGGGGAACUGACAAUAUCCGCGUAUGCCGUAUUCUUCUCGGGAUUAUUACAACCCGUAUUCUCAACACCAGCUCGAAAAGUCAUCGAUUUCGACGGCCAUGCAAAUAUGGUGUAUGAUCUGAAAACAGAUCUAGAUCUCGCUGAAGAUGCUGCAAGACCUUUGGUCGUCGAAGCCAUUCUAGAGGAAAAAAAUACCUUGAUACGUCAAAAUGUUUCAACAAGGAUUCUACUACUGCGGACGCCUUAUAGGCUUAAAGUUACAGCUCCCGACCGCUUUAAGCCAAGUCUUCCAUACAUCGUGCAAAUUGAAUUAGUAAACUCAGCUGGUCAAACUAUGGAAAUGUCAGGAGAUGUAGUUGUCGAAAGGCUGUGGGAUGAUGGAACUCCUGUCAAUAAAACUACCGUAGCUCUUAAUAAAGGCUUCGCAAAAUACACUUUCACACCAGAUGUUGCUCAUACAAAUUCAACACUCAAUUUAGUGGUUAAAUACAAAGAAAUAUCAGAGAGAGUGGUCAACGUUCACAAGAGCCUGGACACCGGUGGGCAGUUCCUAGUGAUAGAGCUUUUGACUCGCAAUACUUCGGUGGGAGAUGAGAUGCGAGCGCGGAUUACUGCGACUGAACCUAUGGAUCUCGUUCACUACGUCAUCAUAGGACGUGGUGAUAUUCUCGUUGCGAAGACUUUAGAAUUGAGUCCGGCGCGCCGCAGCGUGGACGUGUCGGAGCGCGUGUCGGCGGGCAUGGCGCCGGGCUGCGCGCUGCUGGCGUGGCACCCGCGCGUGGCGGGCGACGCUCUGCUCGCCGCGGCCGUGUACGCGCCGCACUGGCAGCUGCUGCAGCACCAGGUGUCAGUGGCGUCAGUAAGUUCAGGCUCGGUACUACGGCCUAACGGGCUGGUGGAGUUUCGCGUAUCGGGAGAGGCGGGCGCUCAAGCUGCUUUACUCGGAGGGGACGAGAACUCCAUCGCGAACGGCCUGGCUGAUGAGAACGGACUGGGUAGCGGCCUCGAUAUGCACACGAUCGAACGAGAAGUGGAAAGUUUCAGCGGUUUAAAGCAUUCACUCUUCAAAAAUGAAGAUUAUUUACCAAGUUUUGGUAUUGACUUAGGUGGACGGAACUCUUCUGACGUUUUUAGCAACGCAGGUUUGGUGAUUCUGACAGAUGGGCUCGUCAUUUCAAGUGACAAUAAAGGUAAACCUCAUUGUAGCAACACGGAGACGGGCACGCGCGCGCCGGCCGCCGGCCCCUACGCCUUCAGCCGCGUGCCGCCGCCGCCCGCGCCGCGCCACUACCUCACGCGCCCGCUCGCGCCACUCCACACCUGGAUGUUCGCCAACCUCACGCUCGGUGCCGAUGGCAUGGGAACCAGGGAACGCUGGUCACCAAUCACUCCCGGAGAGUGGUUAGUAGGAGCGUUUGCAGUACACCCGACCCUGGGUCUGGGUCUAGCGGCCCCACAAAAACUGACCACCGCGUUUCCACUCUCCAUGACUGCCGAGCUACCCGAAUCUCUGCAAAAGGGAGAAACUAUAGCGAUCGUCAUAACGAUCAAGAGUUCCUUAACCGUGGACACCAAUGUUGAAGUCACUUUCCAUAAUUCCGAUCAAUAUUACGAAUUCGAACCCUUAGAAAAUAAUGUCGAUUCAUCUAAAAAGAUCGAGCUGUUCCGGCGCGCGCGAGUGCCGGUCCCGGCGCGCUCGCUGGCCAGCACCGCCUUCCUCGUGACCGCGGUGCGCGCCGGCGAGGCGCCCGUCAUCGCGGAGGCCAACGGGAACGGCGUCUCCGCCUCCAUGUUCCGCACCAUCGAAGUCAAGGAUGGUUAUGUUGAGGAUAUUUGGUCCUGGGCACUCCUGGAUGCUCGGCGAGGAGUAGCUCGCGCCAACAUAACUUUAUCACCAGCAGCGGGCACAAAGCUCGGAACUGUGUCGCUAGAAGCUACUGGAGAUCUACUGGCUAAUGCUCUGAGAGCUAUAAAGUCAGCACCCGUUGUCGCAGCGGAUGCUAAUUAUGCACUACGACCAAUGGCUCGGGCUUGUAUUUUGCUAGACUACCUUCAGGCAACAGAACAGGACGACGAGACAACCAUAGUGAAAGAGGCCCGCGUACAAGCAGCAACCGGAUACCAGCGACUCAUGGCUUUUCGCCAACCAGAUGGCUCCUUCUCACAAGAAAUCGGUGAAAAUGCCGCACCUGACGUCUGGAUGACGUCGUCGGCGGCGCGCUGGCUGGCGCGCUCGUCGCGCUACGUGGAGGUGUCCCCGGAGGCGGGCGCGGCGGCGGCGCGCUGGCUGGCCGCGGCGCAGCUCGCGGACGGCAGCUGGCCGGCGCCGGCGCCGGCGCGCGCGCACUGCCCGCGCCUGCAGCGGCCCGUGCCGCUCACGGCGCACGCGCUGGUCGCUCUGCUGGAAACCAAGGCAAACGACUUGCUAUACAAGAACUCGGUGGAGAAGGCGACGGAUUACCUGGUCCGCGCGAUGUCUCCAGCUCUGGACGCUCCGGCACUCGCGGCUCUGGCGGGCGCGCUCGCGGUCGCGCGACACCCGCAGGCCACACAGGCACUGGAGCUACUCGAGCGCUAUGCCAACACUUCCGGAUCUGCGUUAUACUGGGCACGAAAGAUACCCGACUCAGAGUGGAAAAAUCCAUGGCUAGUUGGAAACAGUCUAGAAGCUUCGACAGCUGCGUGGGGCUUGCGAGCUAUGCUGUCUGCUAAUCUUAUAGACGAAGCUGUUCCGGUUGCUCGUUACCUGCUGCAGGCGUUAGGUCCGAAGGAUCAAGAUCCCGAUGUGUUGGACGCCUUGUCCCAGUUCGCUCAAACCAUAAAAACAUCGACAAAGCUGAGGGUGUCCGUCGCGGUGGCCGGCUCUGAGGAGCCGCGCCAGUUCAACAUCGACGACGACAAUGCUCUUAUCAUACAGACACAGUUGGUGCGCGACGUGCGGCGCGCGAGCGCGUGGACGGAGGGGCGCGGCGUGGGCGCCGUGGGGCUGGCGGCGCGCGGCCACUCCAACGUGACGGCCGCCUGGCCGCGCUACACGCUCGACCCGCGCGUCGACCAGGUGUCCACGCGCGAGCGCCUGCAGCUCUCCGUCUGCGUCGGAUUUGUGCCUAUAGCAAAUGAAACUGAAAGUGGACUAGUUUUGCUAACAGUAGAGUUGCCCUCCGGGUACCUAGCAGAUAUACACACGAUUACGGAGUUAACGGCGGCGCGGCACGUGGCGGGCGCGCGCGCGCUGCGCGGCGGCGCGGCGGUGCGCGCGUGGCUGCGCGCCGGCCGCCGGGAGCGCUGCGCCACGCUGGCGGCGCCGCGCGCGCUGCCCGUGGCGCGCCAGCGCCCCGCGCCCGUCUCGCUCGUCGACCUCUACGACUCCAGUACGCACCUGCCUGUAUACGUUUACUGUGCACCACCUCUCGCUGCGGCACUUUCGUUCCGAGACUCACGAUACCCUUCCUCAUCAUCCCCGGCGUGAUAUUAUGAAUAUAAAUAUUUCCAUCGCCUACUGAGUGCUCUUAAAUUCCCUUUUAUUUUUUAUAACUAGUGAGCGAUAGCCGUUUCGAAAGUAAAGGAUACAAUAUUCGAAUACUUUUGUUUAUAAACGACUU